UACCUAAGCAAGCAUUGUUUGAUGCACUUCGAGAAUGUGCAGACGUCAGGAGGUACCAAUUGCUACAGUUAGCAGAACAAUUGAGGGGCAGAAUCGCUGAUAGGUUUGAAGCAGCAGAGCAUUUGAUACAAGUUAGGAUGGACCUGGACGCUCGGGCUAGGAGAUUGGAGUGGGAGAAGAGUGAAGUCCAAAUUAGUUUGGAGAAAGAACUGGAGAGGAGGUCGAUCGACUACUCCAUGAAGCUUAAAAUGCUUCUGGUGGAUGAACAGGAGCUUAAGAAACAGGUGAGGGAACUGGAAGAGCAAAGUGCAUCACUCCAGCGUGAGAUUUCUUGGCUUGGAGGCGGUGGCAAGCAAAACCAAGUUACGACUGCGAAUUCUGAGAUGGAGAUCACUGACCUGAAGGCUGCUGUGGAGGAACUGAGAACGGAGAAUGGCAAGCUUCGAAAAGACUCGUCGGAGUUGCAGGAGAAGCUCGAUGCGAGUGAAGAAGACCGGCGACGUAUCGCACGAUGCUUCUGCGAGAAAGAAAAGGAGAAUAACGAGUUGCAGAAGUUGGUUGCGAGUCUGAAACAAGAAUGCGACGAACAAGAGAGGACCAUUAGUGGUUUGAGAUUAGUGUAUAACAACGAAGUCGAAAACAGACCGACAGACGAGAAUGAUCAGCUAAGCAGACUGCAGAUGGAGCAGCUAAGGUUGACGGGUGUCGAACAGAAGCUGAGGAAGGAGUUGGAGACUUGCAAGCAUGAACAGGAGAAACUUAGACACGAGAACAUUGGCCUGUUGAGUCGUUUGCAAGAUGCUGGAAAUGGCGGUGAUGUCUCAUGGAUUAAGCUGGACGAGGAGCUUCGUGCUCGAGUAGAUUGCUUGCAGACGGAGGGCUUGUCCUUGCUCGGCGACCUAUUAGGACUCCUCGACAGCCAACGAGUCGAACAAAAGCAGGAGCCCAGAGAUGACACCAGUGGACAUUUACCUGUCGAUUACACCAUCAGAAACCAAAGCUUGAGUAGAAGACAUGAAAAUUUCAGAAUUAGUCUACAAACUGUAGCAAAAAUUUUAGAUGAGAAGUCACUGCCUGCAGAAGGUAGCAGCAUGUCGAAGCAAUCAGAGGCUGAAUUAGAAAUCAAACAACUGGAGAUUGAGUCCCAAGAGUACACAAAGGAGCUAACUGCAGCUCGAAGUAUGCUUUCAGAGGUGACUGAGCAGAGAAACCAGAUGUGGGAAGAAGUGAAGAAAUCAAAAGAGAACAUUAUGCUUAUUGAUGAUGAAGUAGCUACUCUAAAAAAGAAGACGAAAGAACUCAAGGAGGACAUUCUUACCGAGGAGGGGCAGAUUGCUGAUCUAGAAGAUAGCCUGGAGAAACCUUUUGACCUCAUUUGUAGUUCUACAUCAAUGGAAGAGUCUCAACAGAAAUAAUGUGAUGCCUUCCCUCCCAUCCAUAUCGGUU